UCUGUGUUUGGUCUUUUCUUUUCUGCGUUUAGAACCUGCUGUCGGAGAAGGUUGAGCAGAUGAUGGAGUGGUCUUCUCGGCGCUCAGUCAUCCGCAUGAACGGAGACAAGUUCCGUCGUUUCGUCAAGGCCCCGCCCAGGAACUACUCCGUUAUCGUCAUGUUCACCGCCCUGCAGCCUCAGAGGCAGUGUUCGGUCUGCAGACAAGCGAAUGAAGAAUACCAGGUCCUGGCAAACUCCUGGCGUUAUUCAUCUGCAUUUUCCAACAAGCUCUUCUUCACGGUUGUGGACUACGAUGAAGGAGCCGACGUCUUCCAACAGUUGAACAUGAACAGCGCUCCAACUUUCAUGCAUUUCCCUGCAAAGGGAAAACCCAAGAGGGCCGAUACGUUUGACCUGCAGAGAAUCGGCUUCGCCUCAGAGCAGCUGGCCAAGUGGAUCGCCGAUCGCACAGAUGUUCAGAUUCGUGUCUUCCGUCCUCCAAAUUAUUCCGGUACUAUUGCUUUGGCUCUUUUGGUGUCUCUGGUUGGAGGUUUGCUGUAUCUGAGGAGAAACAACUUGGAAUUCAUAUAUAACAAGACUGGAUGGGCCAUGGCUGCUUUGUGUGUGGUUUUUGCAAUGACGUCUGGACAGAUGUGGAAUCACAUUCGAGGUCCUCCCUACGCCCACAAAAAUCCACAGAACGGACAAGUGGUAUGAAACACAAACAUUUAUGUUUAUGUCCCUCCAUGUUUUAAAAAAUAUAAUAUGUCAACCUUCUUCCUCAACUUAACCUUUCUCUGGUACUCUGAUCUGUUUCUUUGUGUUUUUAAAUGUUUGUUUAUACUUUGUGACAUUUUAAUGUUUCUCUGUUUUUACGUUUUUGUUUCGGUCCAUUUUAUUUUUAGGUAAAUGCUUCUUACUGACGAUGCAUGUGCAAGCCGUCACAUAGGUGCGAAUUGGCUGGUCAUCAUUUAAGUUUGUUCACUCAUGUGUGAAAUUAAAAGGAAAAUCUGU